CUAUGUUCAGCGCUUCUGUUUCUUCUUGCAUCUGGAGGAAAUGGAAGUGCUCAUUAGAAUUUGAAGAUUUUACAGACACAGGGCUCACAUGAAAAGGGAAGGGGAGUACCUCUCCCUCAAAAUCGAGUAGGGAAGGGGAGUACCUCUCCCAUGGGCGAGCAGUCUUUAAUAUCCUGCGGGGCGAGGCCAAGAACCUGCCGUACGUGAUCUUCGGUCCGCCCGGAACCGGCCAGACCGUCACCCUGGUGGAGGCGGUGCUGCAGAUGGUACAAAAUCGCAUCUUGCUGGCCGCACCCUCGAACAUUGUCGCGGAUCUCAUUACCAAGCUAAUCAUUGCCAGCAAAGCGCUGACCACUGGCGAAUUCAUUCGAAUCGUCCGGCAAAGAACUCAUUCCACCCGAUCUUAUGACCAACUGUGCCACCUUGGACAUAUGCGCCAAAGAAAUCGCUGAAGACACCAUGCUAAUCACCAAGUCGUGUCUGAAGCUGCGUCGCCACAGAGAGAUUUUGGGUGCCCAUCGCUUGAUCAUCGGCACCUGUGCCACCCUGGGAAACCCUAUGCCGAUGUCAUUUCCGGGCGGACACUUCACCCACCUGUUUAUGGAUGAGACUGGCCAGUCGACCGAGCCGGAGACGCUGAUGCCGGCAGCUCUGCUUUCCAAGGAUCGGGGUCGGGUCAUCCUGGCCGGUGAUCCGCAUCAGUUGCAGCCUGUAGUUCACAGCAGCUAUGGACGUGCCUGUGGUUUCGGCACCUCCAUGCUGGAGCGCCUGCUGAACACUCGAACUAUCGGACCCUGCCCUCGAUCAUGGCCACAUAUAGUAAGCUGGACACAGCUAUUGUCAUGAAAAAGGUUGACCCGAUUGAAAAGUUCCAAGGACAGGUGAGCAGACAUGAAGUCUUAUGCAAUCUAUAUAGUAUGUAAUGUAUAUUCUUGAUCUACAAAUAUAACCCAGGAGCGCGACAUAGUGCUGAUUUCCACUGUGCGCUCCACUGGAGACUAUAUAAGCCAUAAGCGCAUGAAUUUGGCCAUAGCGCGCGCCCGCGCAUUUUUGGUCAUAUACGGUAAUCCCCAUCUCCUCAGCGUCGACGACAAUUGUCGUCAUCUCA